AUGUCCGGCGCUCUGAUGCGCCGCUGUACAGACAUUGUUGUUGGCUUGGACUGGGGGAGUACCUCUGUUCGCUUGGUCAUUUGCUUUUUGCCCUCGGACGGUGAGGCGAUUGUUCCAAAGCCGGAAGAGUUGUUUAACCAAAGGAGUUUGCAAACCCAAGAUGGUACUCGAUAUGAAAAGGGCGCUUUCAACGGGUACAUCAAUAUUUCAGGGACUGGAGAAGUCUACACUGGCGAUGAACUAAGCCCUUCAGCCACACAGGUUUCGGCAAAAUUCUUUCUAGGUGAUGGUUUUCUCGACACAGGCCGGAACACAAUCAACGACGAGAAUUCCCUGCGGGUGGAAGCACUGAGAAUCAAGGACAAACACUCUGAUUUCGAAACCAUCGGAAAGAAAGGUUUGGGGUUAAUCCUCGACGCUGUCUUCCUUCGCUUAGAUGAAGAAUGCCGCAAGAUGGAAAGACCUCUUAGGAUUGUAGAUUUUGGCCUCUCAGCUCCUGCUCACUGGAGUGUCACAGAAUACGAAAGGUACAAGGCUCUGAUUAGGGAAAAGUUAGAAAGCAGCCCAAGACUGCUUACUAGUCGAUCGUUCGAUCUUGAUCAGAUCUACGACCAUCUCCAUUUACAUACAGAAGCGGAGGCAAUGGCCCAUUUCAUUUCUUCCAGCGAACACAUCGCAGACAGGAGACUUGGUACGGACGCCAGCCAAUAUGUGCUUUUUCUCGACUUCGGAGGCCACAGCAUGAAUGGCUGCCUUUACUACGUAAGACGAGCCGGAGGCAAAACGGCCCUUUUCAGAGUCGGUGAUCCCAUCGCAACAGUUGGCGGCGGAGGCAUGUGGGAGUCAUCCGUUGGUGACUUUUGCACCAACCACACCACAUCGGACAACGGUAAAGUCAGCAGCCAAGAAUUCUCGUAUUUGCUUCGUAAUGAGUUCCUCAGAGAAUUCCGUACGCGCCUCAUAGCUCUUGGGAACAACAAUCCGUUCAAGGAAGAGUCGCCGAAUGAAUUCAAGUCGCAGUUCGAGGACAUUGAUCUUACUAUCGCGAAGCCGGCGAAGUAUUCUUCAAUUUCCAAGCGCUUCCACGUCAAUAUUCCGAUCCAUGAUCUGACCAAAAUGUUCAAGAAAGCCUUUCUUCAGCCAUUGCUUGAAGCCGAACGCGGCAUCAGGAAUCUUGAAGCUGAACUUGCAUCAUCGCAAAAAGACAUCCGUGGCCGGAUUGUAGUAUCUGGAGGCGGCGCCAAGAAUCAAAGAGUCAAGUACUAUUUGUUCAAGUUCGUCGAAACGGUUUUCCAAAACACAGUAUCUCCGCCUAUAGUCUAUUUGGAUCAGAACCCGGAAACCCCAAAUGAAUCAUUUAACACUGCCAAAGGAGCGGGGCUGGCGACGGCUAAAGCACACCAGACAAUCCAAAAUUACAUCAAGAAUGGCGCUGCUUUUGGAAUACAAGUGCAAAGAGGCCGAGGUGGUGGCGGGGAUGAAGAAUGGGACGAUUUUGCUGCUAUGAUCCUGGCAAAUAACACUGAUACACAAUCUCUACGCUAUCUCGACUGUGGCGCGCAUACCUAUGACUUUCUGGACCUUUUCAUGCCAAGUCAAGGGCAAUGGCAGUUCCGGCUUUCUGUCCCGGAGAAUCAGAGUUCUGAGCAUGAGCAUCUAGUCCUUGAGAGACUUAUGGUUGACAGAGGCCGUGAGUUGUGGACGACAUACGACAAGACCAAGCUCAAUGUAUUUUUCAGCCGAUCGACAUCGACAUUUUUAGUCAGACCUGAUCGGAAACUCGAUAACUUGCACCUUGGUCUAGGCUUGACCCCAGACGGAAUUUUUGUUGCUUGUACGGCGGAAACUGAGAAAACUUGGUUCGACGAGGUCCAGCGUCGGACGGAUGCCAUAUGGGCGGAGAAAACUAGGGAACCGCCCAAUUACGAGACAACAGGUGCCAAACUUGUUGAGUUCAGCUCGGACAGUGAGGCUUAG